CAUAUUCAGAAGAAAGGACGGUAAAAGAUCAGGAUAAGAUGAAAACAUCCAAAGAUGUACCAAAGAUGUCAACCAUGAUAACCUCUGCGAUCAGACACCUUCGCCAAUCUCAAGGUUCGACGCCCAAGGAAAUCAUGAAUUAUAUAAUCUCCCGGUACAACUUGGAAUCUCCCGGACAGCGACAGAUGAAGACUGCCCUGAAACGUGGCUUGGACUGUGGUAUAUUGGAUAGAAAUCGUGGCCACUACAAGUUGAACGCAAUAGCGGAAUACAUUUUGCAAAUGGGAAGAGAGACAGAAAAAAAGAUACAGAUAGGAGCGAAGAAACAGCGUCGUAGCGUGAAGGGGAAGAAGAGAACAGUUAAAAGAAGCAAGGGUAGAAGUAGUAUUAGGAGCACGAUCGAGCCAUCCGAGGAAAGGUGCAGUUGCAUUACGACGAAACCAAAAAACGCGUACACUUUGGAAAGCGACAUUCCGCUCGAACAACAGGAACAAUGUCAAAAGGAUGUUGUAUGUUGCUUCAAGAAGAAAUGGAAGGAGAAAUGCGAUAACGAGAGUACAGAUCAAAGUCGAUCUACCAUUGGCAGUAAUCCAGAAAUUACCGACGAUCAAGAAAAGUUAUAAAAAUGGAGAUCUUUACGAUCUUCACGAUCCUGUCCGUCGUUACAAAUUAUUUUUACAAUUUUCAACAUUUCUCGUAACGUCGUCUCGUUCGAUAAUAAACGUCAAAUCUUACAUAAAUUUCGUACCAUGGUGCACAGACGCGACCCGUUCGUACAUACGUUUUCCUCUAUCCUGAAAAUGAAGGAAA